UUAGCGCGUCACAUCUCCCCGUUGAUACGAUUGACGAUAUAACGCCCUCUCCGCAGGCGGGCGCGACUUUGUUUACGCACCAUUCUACAGUUUUCAUUCCCUAGUUGACUGCUACGGCAACGAGUUGUGUGUUCACUUUUCGAAUCGCUCGCUCGCCGCGCCAAGAGUUGUUUUCAUCUGAUGGCCCAUCAAAUUCGCUCCGACCUGCAGGCGAUAUUCGUGCGUCUCGACGACACGGCGAGAGGCCACAUCGCACUGUCGGAGCUCACACGAAUGUGUGUCGACGUCGGCUGCGGCGCGCAGAGCGGAGAGGCGGCGCGCCGUUUGCUCGACGAGCUCGACAGCAAUGGAGACGGAAAGGUGACACGUUCGGAGUUCGUCACCGGAUUGUCCAAACAAGCUGGUCGCAAGUCGUCUGGAAAUUCAAGAUUUGACGCUUUGGAAUGCAUUCGGUUGCUGAUCGACGCCAGCGCGUUGAGUCGGAGGCGUAAAGUUGCUCACACCGGCGCGGAUAUUUCUCUGAGCAUCCCAACCAGCGCCUCUCAUUUCGACGCGAAGGAUGAGGCGUUGGGAACGACGUCAUGCAGCCCACCGACGGGAUACCGAGAUGGCGUGUCUGCCACGCCUGACUCUGGGAUAGGCGACUGGUCGCCUUAUAGUUCUGCUGUAGGUGCGGAUGAGGCUCUGGAGUUGGAGCUUGUGUUUCGAGAUUGUCGGUCUGAUGAUGGAUUUGUUGUCAAACAGAGUCUUGCUGAUGCUAUUGUUCGGCAUGAGUUGAGUUUUCAGAAGGAGCAGUUCUUGAUUGAGAUUUUUGAGAGGCUGGAUGAAAACCAGGAUGGUAGAGUUGGACUGGAGCAGCUCGUUACUGCCAGUUUCCACGAGCUGGAGAUAUUAAGUAGGAGAGAUCAUAAAAAGGAAGGAUCACCAGGAGCCAUGUUGGCACGGCAGAGAGUGAGUGAUGGUACACCCUUAUUUUCCUACCUGUUGUCGUCCAAGAAUGGAUUAUUAAAGAUUGAGGCUCUUCGUGAAUUGUGGGAGAGUCAACUGAGUGUUGAUGAUCCGGAUGUUGAUCCAACGGUUGUCCGGUUGUUUCUUGAUAGUCUCAGUGAGCAGACUGGAGGUACGGUGAAUGCGAACGAGCUCGCAAAGAAUAUGGAGAUGCUGCUGCUUGAAUCAACAGACAACAGUGCCGCCACGCAGACGUUCCGCAUGCUGGCUGUGAAUGCGUACAAAUGUGAAAUUGAGUUCUUGCUGACACAGACACAGACGCUCAGAGAGGAACGAAAUAAGCUGAGACGGGAUCUGAGCAAGUGGAGUGACCACCGAGAAGUGCUUAUUCAGGAAUCAGAGGAUCACAAGGAUAUGCUACAUUCACAACAUGAAGCUGCACUUGCAUCUCAACGUAAGACAUUUGAAGACCAAUUAAAGACAACACAAGAUGAUUUUCGUCAUCAGCAAGAUAUAAUAGUUGGUCAAUACAACGAGCAGGUAAAGAGCCUAACAACUCUUGUUGAUCAUCUGAGGCAGAACGAAACUCAACUCAAAGAGGAGAUUAUUGACCUCAAGCAAGAGACGAAUACAUUAGAAGGUGAACUGUUAGACGCCAGAGCUGAACUAAAUGCAAGUAACAAGAUGCUGGAUCGCUUGAAGUCUGAAAUUUUUCUUGCAUCAGACUGCAUACUGCUAGAAGGCUCAGGCCUCAAUGACUCCUCAGGUUCAAACGUUGGUGCCAAUCUCAAUGCACUGCGUGAGAUGAACUCCCAACUCAAAGACAAAGUAGAUGAACUGACGGCAGAAACUGAACAGUUAAGGCAAGAUCUUCGAGCAGAACGAAGAAAGUCUAGAAGGAAAACGAGCAGUAACCUUGGUGACGAUGUCUCCAAUAAUCACGUGUCUGAGUCUCAUGGCAGACCGAGGUCCCAACCAGGUUUAGUGAGGCGAAAAACCGUCAACUCCCCAGUGCCAAACGUUGCUGAGUUAACUUGCAGGAGUACUCCUGUAACACCUACCCGUCGAGUUUUACCUGCUGAUAAACGUCCUGUUGUGAUUGGAGCUGAAAAUGACGACUGCUUAGCACCAACAAACUUGAUGAUUGAAACAAUGGUUAUUCCUGAUGCCGACAUAUCUACCCAUGGGAACGAUGAUCUGCACGAAGUCAAAAGAUUACAGCUAGAAAAUGUCAAACUUACAGAGGAACUGAACACAGCCAACUCAGUUAUUGACCUUAUAACUGUCAAGGAAACAGCUUUGCAGUCCCAGAUAACAGACCUGACUGAGAAUUUGGAACAAUCACAUCGACGAAUAGAAGAAAACAAAUUACGGUAUCAAACUGAGGCAGAAGCUCUUGUGUGUGAGGUUACAAAUGCUAUGGAGAGCAAGUUGUCAGCUCUAAUCAAACGAGUUGAACAAAUUACCCACAACCAGGAGAUGAUCAGAGGAAGGAUAGAAGCAAAGGAACGCGAGAUUGCAGCCGAGUACCAGACACAGAUGAAUGAACUUCAGGAAUGCUUGAUCGCAUUGACAGAAGACCAUACUGUUGCAAUGGAUGAGCUGAAACUGAAAUGUCACCAACAGGAACUACAACUUGAACAAGAAAAGGGAAAAUACGAAAAUGCUUUGAAGAAAAUGGAGACACUGCAUGAGAAUUUGGUUCGAUCCAAAGAGACAGCAUACACACAGCUGCAGGAUAAACACAAGAAAAUGACACGAGAGAAAGAUGGAGAAAUCAGGAAGUUAAGACAAGCUCUGGGAGACAAUUGGAUCAAACAUGCCAAAGAUCUGGAACAGAAACACAAGAAGGAAACGAGUGAAUUGAAGAAGACGAUUCUUCAACUUGUUGGAAAACAGGGAGAAACAGAGGAGGAAAUGCAAUUUCAUUGUGAUUCAAUGGCAGAAGAACACAAGCAGGAGAAGGAGAAAUUACAAGCAAAAAUCAACAGACUGAUGGAGGAAAAUGCCAACUUGAAAGUUACUGUCAAGGGAGCUCGUGCUGAAAUGGAUGAAGAAUGCAGGCACAUGACUGCAGGACUGCAUAACAGUAUAAUGGAGUUAAAAGAAGAACGAGCCUUCCUUGAAGGUGAGAAUCAAGCAAGAGCUGAAGUAGAGGAGCAAUACAGGCAGAUGACAGCUGAGAACAAAGAAAUCAUCAGUCGACUAGAAGAGGAGAAACAAAUCGUAACUAAUCGGAUAGCUGAGUUGGAAAGCAACCACAAGCAGAUUAUUGCUGAAUUUGAAUGUCGUCUAGCCAAAACAAUGGAGAACUACAAGUCACUGGAAUCACAAAAUUUCAAAUUGGUGGAAGCAGAAAAGGCAAGCAAAUUAAACAGAAUAAAACUGGAGGAGGCAGUUGCUCGACUCCAAAAGGCAAAGACUUCAGCUGAAGAACUAAUACAGUCCAAAGCCACUGAAGCACAAAACGCGUAUGAGCAAGAUGCUGCCAGAUGGGAGUUAGACAUACAGUUUGCCAAAGCAGAAGCAAGACGAUACAAAGCAAUGUAUGAAGAAAAGAUUGAUGAUCUUGAACAACAAACAGAGCAACUGAAAUCUGAACUACGAAUGUUACAAGAUGACAAAGCAACAUUAGAAGACGAGAAAGAGGCAAACUUGCGGCAAAUGGAAGAAACCCAUAGCUACAGUCAAGUACUAUUGGCAACAAUUGAUGAACUUCAACAACAAACCGAUAAAACAUCCGAGGAAUUUCAAGCCAAAACACACGAAAUAAAGAAGCAUCAGCAGAUGGAAGGAAAGCUGGAAGCAGUAAUUGCAGAAUUGAAGUACAACAACAGCGAGUUGCAAGAACGAGCUGAUUGGUUGGAUCAAGUGAACAGCGAACUCAAACGACAGAACGAAGAGCUCCUCAAGGAGUUGGACGUGCGGGCCAUUGGAAUGACUAAUGUGACAGUCCAGUCUGUCAAACAGUCCGAUAGCCAGGAUAGCACUCGGAGAUUCAACCUUCGAAGUGUCCAGAUGAAGAACACAGCUCGACCACAACCCGUUGUGACAACACCACCCAAGUGCUCCAUGCCCUUUCCAAACCCAAUACGAAUUCCUAGUGAGGAAGCUCGCAAGUUGACCAUCACAGUCACUGACACGACAGCCCAGAGUGAAGCGUCGCAAACGCAAACCAUCUACUACGGUGGAGCAUCAACUGAACGCGAUUCUCGAGCACGUCGAUCGAGGUCACCAGAACUACAAGUGGAACAACUGGAGAAGAAAUUGCACGAGGUGGAGCAAGAGAACAAUCACCUCAUCCAUGGAAUGACACAAGACAAAGCGCAGCUGCUCAAACGCAUUGAACGAGUGAGACAAGCACUCAGUCAAGUGGCCAACGAUCUCGAAGACUCGCCAGACAACUCACAACCAUCACGAGCACAACUAGAACAUGCGAUCACCGGUCUUAGAAACAAGAUACAACAACAAGAAGCAACCACAUCCAAUCAGGCCAAUCAACUGAAACGCGUCACAGAAGAAAAUGCGUGCAUGAAAGAAGAGAAGCGGAAGACUGACGUUGGCAUCGCUGAACUGCAACAGCAGCUUGAUAGACUUACCAAGGAACGUGACAGCCUGAGAACAAAACUAGAAGUAACACGAAAACGAACACGAACGUCGUACACGCAGACCCACAAAGCCACUGCAACUAUCAUUGUUAGUAAAACGGGAGCUCAGCCAUCACGGAUGACGACAACUGAAAACAAACACGACGACACUACAACUACAAACAAAGCCACACAAAACCAUGACGACAUCAUGAAUCCGUUAGACGAAACACAGCAAUCGUUGGACUAUCUCAAGGACCAGCUCAUCGCCGAGAACGACGAGUUCCACAAGCGUCGACGACAAUUCGAGCUACAGCUGAGAAAAGUGAUAAAAGACGGACUGGGAUUUCAGAGCGACUUUGACACAGCACAACAAAAGGCCCACCUAAAGGUCCUGGCAAUGAAAGAGCAGAAGACUGCUCUAUCUCGAGUGUUGACUCGAGUCUGCUCAGCACUGCUGGUAACACCCGACAGUUAAUAUCAACAUUUACCCCACAACACAAAUCCAUGGAUCACACAUUUGUUGUAUGAGGUAUUACUCUUGUAUACAAACCACAUAUCAGACCUAAUAUAGUGAGACAAGCAGAGAU